GAAGAGUCGUCGACGUCCUCGGCGCGUUGCAGCAGAUGUCCAAGAACGCAGCGAAGCUCGAAUUCGGGAACGCGGACCUCGUGGAGUCGAAGAUGCGAACGCUGAAAGGCCUCCUGUGCGACUUCAAGCUGGCCGUCGACGCUUUCGGACGGGCGGGCUGGCUCAAGCGCGCUUUCCACCAGCGCGGGCACGUCAACUCGCUGACGAAGCUCGACAAGGAGAUCGCGACGUGCCUCGAGAGCCUCAAGCUCGAUUACAAGCUCGCGGUGGACGCCGAUAUUCUUCAGCGCACAUAUCAGAUGGAACAGUCGAUCACGAUGCUCGUGGCGAAGCGCUGCUCCGAGACCCGCGAGGACCCGGCCGCGGCCGCCGCGAUCCUCGCGCGGACUCCGGUCGCGAUCGCGGAGGUCGUGGAGAACGCGCACGUGCCCGAGGACGAGCUCCUGAUCGAGAUGCGCGAGUUGAGUGGCGAGGUGAGCAAGGGCCUGGCCAAGAUCAUAGACUCCCAUCACGAAAUGCAGCAGGGCCACGCUACGAUACUCGAAAAGUUGGAGACGUUGACGAAAUGGGAUCGCGCGCGCCGUCUCAAGGCGACGCACAUGGAGGACAACGAGAUCGAGCUCGAUUUCGUCGAGGUGGAGCCGUUCGCGGGCGGUGGUCAGGGCAGCGUCCACAAAGCGGAGUACGCUGGCGAAAUCGUGUGCCUCAAGAAGUUCUCGCUGGUCGGCGUCGGAGCGCAGUCCGCGCGCGACAGGAUUGUCUCCAAUUUCAAAAAAGAAGUCGGCAUCAUGGAUAAGCUGCGCAAGCACCCGCGCACCGUCGACUUUGUUGGCAUUUGCACCACGGAUGCGAGCUUUGUCGGCAUCGUCACGCAGUACCUGCCGAACGGGUCGCUCCGCGGCGUCCUCGACGACGCGCGCGGCGAUGCCAUCGCGCCCAAGAUGCAAUUCAUCUGGGCCAAGGACAUCGCCAUCGGCAUGGCCUACCUCCACAAGGAGGGUGUCUUGCAUCGCGACCUCAAGAGUCAAAACGUGCUCCUGACGAACGAGUGGCGGUGCAAGAUUACGGACUUUGGCAUCAGUAAGUCAGAAGCCCUGAAGACUAUAGCGACGACCUCAACCAUGCACGGAGGAGCUGGGAUCUCCGGCACGCUUCCGUUCACGGCGCCCGAGGCUUUCAGCUCCAGAGCACGGUUUACCGCGAAGUGCGACGUCUAUGCUUACGCGAUCGUGCUCUGGGAGAUCUGGGACCGCGGAAAACCCUGGGACGGCCUCGAUCUGCCGCAGAUCUACACUGCGGUGUGUGUCGAACAGGAGCGCCCGAAUGUGCCAGAUUUGAUGCCCGUCGAAGUGCGUGCGCUCAUGUGUCGCGCCUGGUCUCACGACGCGGCCGCGAGGCCGGAUUUCGAAGACAUCGUGACGCAACUAUAUAUUAUCGAAGGCAAAGGGCUGUGACUGGGUCCACGCGUCCCUGGUGAGCAAGGUCUAGGAAAGCUCGGUCGCGAUUCAGACAUGUCUGAAAAGAUUCGCGACUCCGCGAUGAUGCGCACCCUCAUCUAUAUCAAGCACAAAAUAUAAAACUCUGUGCGUCUGAGGUCGCUCUAUUAUUUGAUCUUUCUUUGAACCCGCGAGCUUGUAAUUAUCAGGAAAAGUUUGAAUGCGCUUCAAUUCUAAAAGAGAUAAGCGACGUAUGUUUAGCGGCUGAUUAAAUGAUCACUUAAUUAAUGACAUUUUAAAUUUG